AUGCCAACCGCAAGAGAAACUUGGGAAGCUGUAAAGGUGAUAGCCACCCAUACAUUGGCUAUUCCUAGCGUAUCUAGAUCUCCGACCCGACAUGCACGUCAAUGCGUGGAUCGCGAUUCAUUGUGUGGCAGUUGGGCGCAGGGUGGCGCAUGUGGCACAUGGCCAGAAAUGCGGCAACGAUGUCCCCGAUCCUGCGGUUUCUGCUCAAAGUAG